GCAUGGCGGAGAACGACGUGGACAACGAGCUGCUGGACUACGAGGACGACGAGGUGGAGGCGGCGGGCGGCGGCGACGGCGGCGACGGCGGCGGCGGCGCCAAGAAGGACGUCAAGGGCUCCUACGUGUCCAUCCACAGCUCCGGCUUCCGCGACUUCCUGCUCAAGCCCGAGCUGCUGCGCGCCAUCGUCGACUGCGGCUUCGAGCACCCCUCCGAGGGUACGGGGGUCCCCAGUGUCCCCCAGUGUCCCCCAGUGUCCCCUGGUGUCCCCUCGUGUCCCUGGUGUCCCGUCAUGUUCCAUGUGGUGGCCCUCAUGUUCUCCAUGGUGUCCAUCGUGUUGGCGCCAUCGUCGACUGCGGCUUCGAGCUCCCCUCUGAGGUGUCCCCCAAUGUCCCUGGUGUCCCCUCGUGUCCCUGGUGUCCCGUCAUGUCCCCUUGUGGUGGCCCCUCAUGUUCUCCAUGGUGUCCAUCGUGUUGGCGCCAUCGUCGACUGCGGCUUCGAGCACCCCUCCGAGGUGUCCCCUGGUGUCCCCUGUGUCCCUGGUGUCCCGUCGUGUCCCCUUGUGGUGGCCCUCGUGUUCUCCAUGGUGUCCAUCAUGUUGGCGCCAUCGUCGACUGCGGCUUCGAGCUCCCCUCUGAGGGUACCUCAGUGUCCCCCAAUGUCCCCCAGUGUCCCCAUUGGACAAGGGGGUCUCCAGGUGGACCAGGAACACAUAGAUAUGGUGGGCAUCCAUAGAGACGUGUUGGUGCUGGGCGCCCUGCAGCAGCUGGAGCCCGUCACCGGCCAGGUGUCGGUGCUCGUCAUGUGCCACACGCGGGAGCUGGCCUUCCAGAUCAGCAAGGAGUACGAGCGCUUCUCCAAGUACAUGCCCAGCGUCAAGGUGGCCGUGUUCUUUGGCGGGCUCUCCAUCAAGAAGGACGAGGAGCUGCUCAAGAAGAGCUGUCCCCACGUGGUGGUGGGGACGCCCGGGCGCAUCCUGGCGCUCGCCCGCAACAAGAGCCUCAACCUCAAGCACAUCAAGCACUUCAUCCUGGACGAGUGUGACAAGAUGCUGGAGCAGCUCGACAUGCGGCGCGACGUGCAGGAGAUCUUCCGCAUGACGCCGCACGAGAAGCAGGUCAUGAUGUUCAGCGCCACGCUGAGCCGCGACAUCCGCCCCGUGUGCCGCAAGUUCAUGCAGGAUCCCAUGGAGAUCUUUGUGGACGACGAGACCAAGCUGACCCUGCACGGUCUGCAGCAGUACUACGUGAAGCUCAAGGACAACGAGAAGAACCGCAAGCUCUUCGACCUGCUCGACGUGCUCGAGUUCAACCAGAGGCUCUCGCGGUACCAGCAGUUCAAGGACUUCCAGCGCCGCAUCCUGGUGGCCACCAACCUGUUUGGGCGCGGGAUGGACAUCGAGAGGGUCAACAUCGCCUUCAACUACGACAUGCCCGAGGACUCGGACACCUACCUGCACCGGGUGGCGCGCGCCGGGCGCUUCGGCACCAAGGGCCUCGCCAUCACGUUCGUGUCGGACGAGAACGACGCCAAGAUCCUCAACGACGUCCAGGACCGGUUCGAGGUGAACAUCAGCGAGCUGCCCGACGAGAUCGACAUCUCCUCCUACAGUGAGACUGGGGGCACUGGGGAUACUGGGGGGACUGGGGAUACUGGGGACACUGGGGACGCUGCCCGACGAGAUCGACAUCUCCUCCUACA